AUGAGUUGUAGUCAUAAAUACUUUAUGCUCAAAACAAUGUGUCGUACGAUGAAAACUUCAUAUGUUAUUUUGUGUUUCACCGUAUUAAAUCUAUGGACAUGUUCGCGAGGGGAACUAUUCACUGCCAUAUCGGAUGUAGAACCCCUAUUAGAGACGCACAAGAAGAUUAUAGAUGAUUUGGAUGAUUAUAUAAAUAAAGAGGAGAGCAGACUUGCAGUAUUAAAAAGGCACUUGGUGACGUACAAAAAUGAACACGAAAAAGCAAUGGAAGAUAUUCCCAACUAUCUUGGGAAUCCAAUAAAUGCUUUUACUUUAAUAAAGAGACUGACAACGGAUUUGGAUUUCAUAGAACAAAGUAUUGAAACUGGAACAGAAUACAUAAAGAAUAUAACAAUACUAAAUAACCACGCGGACGUAAAAUACCCGACUUUAGAGGACCUCGCGGGCGCGGCCCAAGCGCUGACGCGGCUACAAGAGACGUAUCAUCUUGAAGUCGGCGAUCUUGCAGAAGGAAGACUCAACGGGGUUAUUUACAGUACAUCAAUGAGCGCGGGAGACUGUUACGAAUUGGGUAAAGCACUAUACAAUGAAAAGGACUAUAAAAACGCGCUCGCGUGGAUGAUGGUGGCCCUUCGGAAGUAUCACGACGAAAAUCUAGAGUAUCCCUUCACAGAGGUCGAUAUUUUAGAGUACAUCGGCUUUUCUCAUUACUUGUUAGACGACGUAAAGAGCGCUCUUGAAUGGACAAGGGAACUGUUAUCCGUAGAUCCAAAACAUGUUCGAGCCCUUGGAAAUAUACCACAUUAUGAAAAAACUCUGGCUGAAAGGGAAGCAAAAUUGAUGAAGAGAAGACGCGGGGAUACAGGAGAAGACGAUUUAGAAUUUUUCCCGGAAGAAAAACCAGAAGAAUUAACCGGUUAUGCGAAAGAAAGAAAAGUAUAUGAAGCCCUAUGUCGCGGUGAAAUGGAGAUUCCUAGUGAAAUAUCGAACAAAUUGAAAUGUCGAUAUUUAACUGAAAACCAUCCAUUUCUCAAGCUGGCUCCGAUCAAAAUGGAGUAUAUGUACCUAAAACCCGAUAUCAUUAUAUUUCACGAUGUUAUCAGUGAUAAUGAAAUCGAACAUAUUAAAGAUUUGGCUAAACCUAGGUUCCGCAGAGCAACAGUCCACGACCCCAAGACCGGGGAACUGGUCCCUGCACAUUACCGUAUAAGCAAGUCGGGGUGGCUGAAGGAUGAAGAGUCUGAGGUGGUGGCGCGCGUGUCGCGACGUGUGGCUGACUUCACAGGGCUCAGUAUGGCCUCAGCGGAGGAACUUCAGGUUGUUAACUAUGGGAUUGGAGGCCACUAUGAACCCCAUUUUGAUUUUGCAAGAAAACAAGAAAACGCUUUUGGAAACUUCAACGGCAAUAGAAUAGCUACCGUUUUGUUUUAUAUGUCGGACGUGGCGCAGGGCGGCGCGACGGUGUUCACGGAGCUGGGGCUGAGCCUGUUCCCGCGGCGCCGCGCCGCCGCCUACUGGCUCAACCUGCACGCGUCCGGCGAGGGCGACCUCGCCACGCGCCACGCCGCCUGCCCCGUGCUGCGCGGCUCCAAGUGGGUAAGCAACAAAUGGAUUCAUCAAGGAGGCCAAGAAUUAAUAAAGCCCUGUGACCUUGAAUAUCAGGACGAAAGCAUGAUCCGACCGCUGCCCAAAGCAGUGCCUAAAAUAUUUCGA